AUGUUUUGCUGUAAAGAACUUAAAUUACUCUACGCUACUGUUGUUCUAUUACUUGAAGCGGAAUUAUUAGUGAACACAGGUGCUAUGGAGUCGAAAAGGUCUUCCAUUUUGGUCGCGCAAAACUCUGACGAUUUAAAAUCCUUAGAAUUGUGCACGACAAGAAAUCAACAAAGAUUGGGCAGUGUUUUUGGUAACUUCACUCGUCAUCAUAAGAAAGGUCAUAGAAGAAGAACGACAACAACAUCGUCAACCCAAACAACAAUAAUUUAUACUACAACUGACAAUGAUCCAGAAUCCACUGAAUCUUUCACUACCAGUGCCUAUAAUAUUAGCACUACAUAUCCUAAACUACCUAAACCCCUACAUUUAUCAUUUAAAUUAAAUAAAAACUUGAGUGAUGAUGUACAUAAUAUAGAUAUAGAAGCAGCUAGAGAAUUAAGCCAUGAGAGACAUCAUACAAAACAUCAUGAGAGAUUACAAGAAGAGGUUAUAUCAGAAUUAGAUGAAUCUUCACUAUCUAAGUCCUUAAAUAAAGUUAAGAAAAUGUACAGAGAUUCAACUGCUUCAGCAGUUAAUAAGUUAAGUGGGAAAGGUAUUAAAAAUGGUAUUUUUUUGACUGACAAUUGUACCACUGUUAUAGCUCAAAUAGGGACGACGGCAAUACUACAUUGUGAAGUUAGUGACAUUACAGAAAAUACGGUGACGUGGAUAAGGCGGAAAGAUUACUCGCUGCUAUCAGUGGGCCUCGUUACUUAUAGUGCAGACAGCAGGUUCUUUUCCGCCCAUGGAAGACAUGUCAAGGACUGGGCGCUACAUAUCCGCUUCGCUACGUCAGCGGACGCCGGAUACUACGAGUGUCAAGUCCCCACACAUCCACCUACGAGUAUAUUUUUUAAGUUAGUUCUUGUUGCGGCCUACGCGGAGAUCGUUGGUGAAUCUGAAAAGAUCAUCCACGAAGGGUCGAUGCUAAAGCUAGUGUGCUUCGUUAAGAGGUCUACAGAACCACCUUCCUACGUGUUCUGGUACUUUGAAAAUCGGAUGAUUAACUAUGAUCUUAAUGGUGUCAGCGUCCACAAUGGCCGGGAAACCAGCGAACUGAUUAUUGGCAAAGCGGAACCGCGGCAUUCCGGCAAUUACACUUGUGUGCCGGCCAACGCUAGAGCCGCAUCUGUUACUGUUCAUGUUGUACAAAGCGAAACUCCAGCCGCAAUGCAGCAUGGCAAUAAUUUCUCUGUGAAAUCAACCCAAGUGCAUGUACUACUAAUUUUACUAUUACCGUUCAUGUAUAAAAUUUUAGGAUUUGGA